AGCUCCCGGGGCGCGGGCGCGCCGCGCGUGCCCCGGGCCCGGUAUGUGGCGCGUUCCCCGCCAGCUGUGUGUGCGCGUUGCAAGCGGAGGCAAGCUCUCGGGCCCUCGCCACAGACCCGCUGCCUUCAUGUCCACUCUGCUCAUCAAUCAGGCCCAGUAUGCUUGGCUGAAGGAGCUGGGGCUCCGCGAGGAAAACGAGGGCGUGUAUAAUGGCAGCUGGGGAGGCCGCGGAGAGGUUAUCACGACCUAUUGUCCGGCUAACAAUGAACCGAUAGCAAGAGUCCGACAGGCCAGUGUGGCUGACUAUGAAGAAACAGUGAAGAAAGCCAGGGAAGCCUGGAAAGUCUGGGCAGAGGUUCCUGCUCCGAAGCGAGGAGAAGUAGUGAGGCAGAUUGGGGAUGCUUUGCGGGAGAAGAUCCAAAUACUAGGAAAUUUGGUGUCUUUGGAGAUGGGGAAAAUCUUAGUGGAAGGUGUGGGAGAAGUUCAAGAGUACGUGGAUGUUUGUGAUUAUGCUGUUGGCUUAUCACGGAUGAUUGGGGGACCCAUCUUGCCUUCUGAAAGACCUGGCCAUGCGCUCAUUGAGCAGUGGAAUCCUGUGGGCCUGGUUGGCAUCAUCACUGCGUUCAACUUCCCUGUGGCUGUGUAUGGCUGGAACAAUGCCAUCGCAAUGAUCUGUGGGAACGUAUGCCUUUGGAAAGGAGCUCCAACAACUUCCCUCAUUAGUGUAGCUGUCACAAAAAUAAUAGCCAAGGUUCUGGAGGACAACAAGCUGCCUGGUGCUAUUUGUUCCUUGACCUGUGGUGGAGCAGACAUUGGCACAGCAAUGGCCAAAGAUGAGCGGGUGAACCUGCUGUCCUUCACUGGGAGCACGCAAGUGGGAAGACAGGUGGCCCUUAUGGUGCAGGAGAGGUUUGGGAGAAGCUUGUUAGAACUUGGAGGAAACAACGCCAUUAUUGCUUUUGAGGAUGCAGACCUCAGCUUAGUUGUUCCAUCAGUCCUCUUCGCAGCUGUGGGGACAGCUGGCCAGAGGUGUACCACGGCGAGGCGCCUGUUUUUACACGAAAGCAUCCAUGAUGAAGUUGUAAAUAGGCUUAAAAAGGCCUAUGCGCAGAUCCGUGUGGGGAACCCAUGGGACUCUGAUGUUCUCUAUGGGCCACUCCACACCAAACAGGCAGUGAGCAUGUUUCUUGCAGCAGUGGAAGAUGCAAAGAAAGAAGGUGGCACUGUGGUCUAUGGUGGCAAGGUCAUGGAUCGCCCUGGCAAUUACGUAGAACCAACAGUUGUGACAGGUCUGGCCCACAAUGCGUCCAUUGCACACACAGAGACUUUUGCUCCGAUUCUUUAUGUAUUUAAAUUCAAGAAUGAAGAAGAAGUCUUUGCAUGGAAUAAUGAAGUAAAACAAGGACUUUCAAGUAGCAUCUUUACCAAGGAUUUGGGCAGAAUCUUCCGCUGGCUUGGACCGAAAGGAUCCGACUGUGGCAUUGUAAAUGUCAAUAUCCCAACGAGUGGGGCUGAGAUCGGAGGUGCAUUUGGAGGAGAAAAGCACACUGGUGGUGGUCGGGAGUCCGGGAGUGAUGCCUGGAAACAGUACAUGAGAAGAUCCACUUGUACUAUCAACUACAGUAAGGACCUUCCUCUGGCUCAAGGAAUCAAGUUUCAAUAAAGGUGACGGUAAAUCAGCAUUACUUCAAGUCUUCUAGGCAUUCUUGCAGUUCUUUGUUCUGAAGAAGAAGAAGAAAAUUAAGAUUUGCCCUGAAUAAAUGCAUCAUUUUGAUUAUGACAAUGACUAGUCUCUUAACCCUGAGGCCCCAGCUAAAUCAAGAGACUUACUUUUUAGAAAUAAAACUGAAUUGUCACAAAUAGCCA